UGUGGUGGGAGGUGUCCCUGCCCAGGGCAGGGGGGUUAGAACCUGAUGGUCUUUAAGGUCUUUCCAACUCCAACCAUUCUGUGAUUCUAUGAUUCUAUGAAACACAGAGGACUUGGGACAAAAAUUAGAAGUGAAGGCCGUGCUGCUCCCAGCGUGUAAGCACCUGUGGGGCUCUGGAGCCCUCCACACAUCCCCAGGAAAACUCAUCUGCCCGAAUAUUUCCACAAUCACAGCGUUGUGUCCGAUGCUUAACUGCAAUUUGGCCGUACUGUCUUCUUAUGUACCUUGUGAAAAUGGCUGCAGAACAGAAGUGGAAAGGUUGGGCUUCGAAACAGCGCAGCAGGGCUGAAGAGGCAGGUGGAAAGAAACCGUGUGUGCUCCUGGGCCAGCAGCUGGAAGAGCCAGGAAAAUUUGCUUACGCAGCGCUUUGCGGGAUAUCCCUGGCACAGCUCUUCCCUGAAAACGAGCAAAGCUCCUUCAGGACUGAGUUCAUUGAGGGCUUUGUGAAAUGGCUGGACCUGGCCGACGCUGUCUUACCUGCCGUGACAGCAUUUGCUGGUGGCUUAGGAGGUGAGGGCACAGAAACCUUUACUGAGAUUUUGCUGAAGGAUCCCGUCGUGAAAGAAAACCCGAUUGUCAUUACCCAGGACCUUCUAGCCUUCUCUCUUAGAGAUGGGUACUAUGAUGCUCGAGCGAGGGUGCUGAUCCGCCACAUCAUCUCGUUGCUGAGAAUCCCUCUGGAGGAGCUGGAAGUCCUGGAGGAAUCUCUGCUUGAGAGCCUGAAGGAGCAAAAAGAAGAAGAGUCAGAAACCGCAGAAGUAUCAAGAAAAAAGAAAGAAAGAAGAAGAAAGCUGAAGAGAUACCUGCUGAUCGGUUUGGCAACCGUUGGGGGUGGAACAGUCAUCGGCCUGACGGGGGGUCUCGCUGCCCCUCUGGUUGCUGCAGGAGCUGCUACUAUCAUUGGAAGUGCUGGAGCAGCUGCUCUGGGGUCGACUGCUGGAAUUGCUGUCAUGGCAUCGCUUUUUGGAGCAGCUGGAGCUGGUCUUACUGGAUACAAGAUGAAGAAGCGUGUGGGAGCCAUAGAAGAGUUUGAAUUCCUCCCACUUACCGAAGGCAAACAGCUUCAUAUCACCAUAGCAAUUACUGGAUGGCUGUGCACUGGCAAAUAUGGGAGCUUCACGGCGCCGUGGAGCAGCAUGUUGCAGUCGAGGGAGCAGUACUGCCUGGCCUGGGAAUCCAAGUACUUGAUGGAGCUUGGCAACGCCUUAGAUUCCCUGCUGAAUGGCUUUGUGAGCAUGAUGGCUCAGGAAGCCCUAAGAUUCACUGUCUUGUCAGGUAUUGUGACGGCCUUGACUUGGCCAACUUCCCUCUUGACCGUUGCCGGUGUCAUUGACAACCCCUGGGGAGUGUGUCUCUAUCGGUCUGCUGAAGUCGGCAGACACCUCGCACACAUCCUGCUCAGUCGGCAGCAGGGCAAGCGACCUGUCUCACUGAUUGGCUUCAGUCUGGGUGCAAGAGUCAUUUACUUCUGCCUGCAGGAGAUGGCUCAAGAAAAAGACUCUCAAGGGAUCAUUGAAGACGUGGUCUUACUGGGAGCUCCGGUGCAAGGAGAAGCCAAGCACUGGAAAGCUAUCACCAAAGUGGUGUCGGGCAAGAUCAUAAACGGUUACUGCAGGGGGGACUGGCUGCUGGGCUUUGUGUACAGAACCUCCUCUGUCAAGAUCAACGUCGCAGGCCUCCAGCCGGUCAACCUGGAUGACAGGAGGAUGGUAAACAUGGACCUUUCUUCUGUAGUAAAUGGCCACCUGGACUACAUGAAGCAGAUGGACACCAUCCUAAAAGCUGUGGGCAUCAAAACCAAGGAGUGUCGGCAGGACAAGGUGGGUGGUGGGAGUCCUAUCUCCCCUCCGGCCGAGAAGCCGCAGCGGGCAGCCGGCAGCGGGACUGGGGACGAGGAGAACACCCCACGAGAGGAGGAUGCAGCUGGUGGUGAGGCUCUCCCCACCAGCCACGCUCACAGCAGUGAUUCCCCGAGCUGGAUCUCAGGAAAAACCUCACUCCCCUGCCCAGACUGUUCCACCAGCGGGGACAGCAAGACACAGGGAGUGGGCAGAGGAGCAAAUUAGAGCUCUUAGUGUUGUGCAGAGAUGCUCAGCCAGCACUAACAGUGCUUCCAAAGCACCGUCCCUUGGACUGGGAUUCCCAAAGGAGCAUCGGUGGAGCUGGCAGAGCUGUGGCUGCAGUUUUCAGACCCUUCUGAGAGCCCCGAGCGUGGCACCGCUGUGUCACAGCAUCAAAGCUUCGGGAGCAGCCGCCCACGGCAUCUCCCACGGAGGGACCAGCAAGGGCCCAUUCCUGCCUGACUCAGCAUCGCUCCUCAGGAAGCAGCAGCAGCACUUCCCUCCUCGCACAAACGGGGACUGUUCUUGAGGGAAGCAGCUGUCACCAGCAGCGACUGGCUCUCCGCCGCGGAACUCUUCGGGGAAGCAGGUGGCUCUGUGGGUAUUUUAAGCAUAUAUCGUGGAGAGGGGCUCGCCGUUAGGAAAUUAAAAUUUGGUUUUCCACCCGUGGUCGAUUCGGUGGUUGGUUUGGAGGUGAGCAGGUGUGUCACAGGCUCUGGCUGCCUGGCUGUGUGUGUCUUGGUGUCCACACUUCAGGGAGGUGAAAGGCUUGGGGCUGCCUGGCUUCCUUCCCCCAUCUGCUCCAGGUUUGCUGCCAGGGGUGGCUGCUUCCCAGUCGAGAAGACCCCUUCCCAGUCUGCAAGCCGAGGGCAACAAGCAUUUGAGGCCUCCCUGCGAUUAGAAACGUGCUUUGAGUCCCCGACAACCAAAGAAACAGAGUGGGCUUUUUAUGAUUUAUUACUUUGUGAAACUUUCCCCCCAGGCUUUGCGAGCCGGCACCGCACAGAGGCUUUCGCUUUGUCCCCCCCACACGCAUCUCCAGUCUUAAAAGCCCCCUCUAGACAUAUUUUUAAUUGGCUUAGAAUAAAAUCAAUACUUGGCAUAGGAUAAACACGAAGCUGUUUGAUUUCUACCUCCUUCCAUAAAAGCCAAAUGGCACCCGCUCUCUUCUCCCCCUGUCUCAAACCAGAGGGAGGGACCCUGCUUUGCGUCCCCUGCCACGCGGAGUCCUCCAGAACAGUGUGGGACUGAUCCACAUCUUCCAUAAAAGGUCCUUUUCUGGACUAUUUUGCUGCUCAGCCCAAGAAAAUGCAAUCUGUCAGGAACACGGCAGGGGGAUAAACCCCCUUCUGAGAACAACUCUGUGUUUUUCUGGUUUAAAACGGGUGCGGGUUGGUACAAAUUCCUCCCCACGCCCAGGUCUGGAGGGUCUCCUUGACUCACGGGGGGCGUGAAACAGAGCGAUGGGAGCUUCUGGGUUUGGCCCACAUGGAGUCCUCCUCCUCCUCCCGCCCCAUCAAAGAAUCACAGAAUCAUGGAAUUGCCCAGGUUGGAAGGAAACUUUCAGAUCAUCGAGUCCAACCAUCAACCCAACACUGCC